AUGAGUCAAGAUUCUAGCAAGAAACUCACUCCUGAGAUGAAUGCUUACGGGGUAAAGGUAAUGGGUUUGAAAUCCAAAACCCCAAAAUCUUCAAGGGUUUCAAAAUCCUCUCCUCAUACCUCUGAAAUCGCAAUUGCUCAAGGUAUUCCUCAACCAUCGUCUGAUCCGUGCAAGAAGAAAGGGAAAAAGGCACGAUCCAAGUCAGAUGCGUCCAAAGCAAAGAAGAAGAUGGUAACGAGAAGCUCUGAGGCUACCCAGGGAGUAAAUUCCGAGGCUGAAAUCAACCCAAGUACAGGUGAUGAUGUUGCUGAUCUUCGUAUCACUGAAGUGUUGGAAACUCCUCUCAAGGAAGUUUUACAUGCAGAUGUAGAUCCAAUUGUUCCAUCACCAAGCAACAAUCAAUCAAGCCACGGUGUUGAUACUGAUUGCAACAAGGAUUCUGAUCAUCUUGAGGAAGAGGUAAUGGUUCCCAACUCUACUCCCUCUGUUGAUAAAGAUAUGCAUGUCGAGGGUGUUCAGGAUGUCAUGGAAAACUCAGAAUCUGAUGAGGUGUUGAUCAACACCCUUGGUGCUUCUGCUUCUGUUGCUUCAAAGAGGCAAAAGAUGACUAUUGUUCGUAAGUACUCUACGCGUUCCUCUGGCAAGAAGUUAGGUUUGGGUUUGAGUGAGAACAAGAAGCGCAAGAAGGUCAUUAUUCUUGAUGAUGAUACUCCUGUUGUUCAGAAUGUCAAGAGAAAGGUUCACAAAGAUAAUGCUACUCCUGUUGUUGAUGCGACUCCAACUGUGGAGUUGGAUAAGUCAGACACUGGUUCUGCUGCUCGAAAGCGCAAGAUUGGGAAACGAAUUCCAGAAAAUGUGCCUGCUGCUCCUUUGGAUAACAUUUCCUUUCACUCUGAAGAAAGUGUUGGUAAGUGGAAGUAUGUUUAUCAGCGCAGGAUUGCUCAAGAGAGGGAAUUGACUGGUGAGAUUUUGCAUUGUCAAGAAAUUAUGGAACUUAUUGAGACUGCUGGGAAAGUUUUUGUGCGUGGUAGGUGUGUACAUUUUUCACCUGAGAUCAUUAAUCAGUAUUUGGGAAGGAGCACUAUUGCUACAGGAAAUGAAGAGCUGUCCUUGAGUGUUAUCACUAAUGAACUCACGGCUGGUCAGGUUAUGGAAUGGCUUGUCAAAGGCUUGUUGUCUUCUACUCAUUUGAGUGUAAAGUAUGCUAUCUUGAAUCACAUUGGUGCUGCAAAUUGGGCUCCUACCACCCACAACUCAGAUAUUUCUUCAGGUUUGGCAAAAUUAAUUUAUCUGAUUGGUACUAAGGCUCAGUUUGAUUUUGGUGAAUAUGUCUUUGCUCAAACUAUGAAGCAUGCUGACACCUUUGCUGUCAAGCUCCCUAUUGGGUUUCCGUGUUUACUUUGUGGGAUUAUCUUGAGUCAACAUCCUCAAAUUCUCCUUGUUGAUGAGGUUCCUAGCAAGAAGGCUAGUCUUCUCACUAUUGAUUACAGGCUGCUAGCUGGUGCCCAUGUUUCUGAUGUUGCUGGUUUGGCUGAGAUGACUCAGGGGGAGGGUACUUCCUCUCAGAAGACUCCUGAGACUCCUAUUGCUGCGCUUAUUGCGGUGUCUGAGAUGCUUCAGGACACAAUUACUAGUUGUACAUUGAGGAAGAAGAAUAUGGACACUCUCAUUCUGCAGUUGACUAAAGGCAAGAGGCCUCUUGACGACAAUGCUGCUGCUAAUGAUCAAGAUGAUGCUGGUACUUCUGAUGAUGACACUAAUGCUAGUGAUUAG